AUGGAUUCUAUAUCAGAACCUACCACUUUUGCACAAGCUUCUACUCAUCCAGGAUGGCAGAAAGCUAUGCAAGAAGAAAUUGCUGCUCUUGAGCAGAACCAUACCUGGGAUGUAGUAGAUCUACCACCAGAGUUUGAUUACUCUGGAGCAGCUGUCACUUCUCUACUUGAUCUAUCAUGCAAAUUGCACGCAAAUGUUGGCCCUUUCUUAGCAGACCCUACUGGGUAUCGUCAUCUAGUUGGCAAACUCAAAUUUUUAACCAACACAAGGCCGGAUUUGUGUUUUGCUGUUCUUUCUCUCAGUCAAUACAUGCAGCACCCUUGUACAUCUCAUUUCUCAGCUGCCAUGCGUGUUCUACGCUAUUUAAGUCGAGAUCCAGGCCAGGGGAUUCUUCUCUCCUCAAGACCCUCAUUUGAUUUACUAGCUUUCUGCGACGCGGAUUGGGCAUCUUGGAAAGAAUAUCGCCGGUCUGUGAGUGGCUUCUUCAUCACACUUGGGGGAGCACCAAUUUCAUGGAAGUCUAAAAAGCAGGUCUCUGUUUCCCUUUCCUCUAUUGAGGUAGAGUACCGUUCAAUGAGACGCGUUACAGCUAAAAUCAUAUGGCUAGUUCGUCUCCUUGAUGAUCUUUCAUCUUCACCACCUCUUCAUGUUCCAAUUCACUCCGACAGUCAAGCCGCCAUACAUAUUGCUCGUAACUAG